AUGGCGCGAACACGAUCAAAAGGCGGCCCUGCCUCGACGAGCGCCGAUAAGACCGCUUCGACAACAGCCAAAGCCGCCUCAACAUCUACAUAUACUCUGCCUGCCGAGUCAACCAACCCACCGAAGCUCUUCGUCCUCCCCAAGAACACCUCCUCCUCAGCACGCAUCAUCACCCUCGAGAACCCUCGAUAUGGCAAUCCAACCCGAUAUCUCGUCUGCCCAGAAACCGGCUCCUUCUACGAGUUCACCAAAGCCGCACCCCCAAACAAAUCCACCCCCCGAAGCUGGCUGCUCUCAAGCGAGAAAUCCGAAAAGGAGCCCUCUCUAGAAUCUCAAACCAUUCAAUCCCCCGACCUCUACCUCGCAACCCCCUACGACCCCUUAUUCCUCCUCCUCCCAGCCCUCUUCAAGUCCUCCUCCAACUCCAAAUCCGACAACCAACAACGUCAAUACCUCUCCCUAGACGACUACCUAGACCUAAUCCCUAACACAGACCGGCACUUCUCUGAGAUCCUCACCCUCCCCAACAGCCGCAUCGAAAAAGUCCUCGAAGCCCGUCUAGCCAGCGUAUGCGACCUUGUCGAAAUGGGCGACGACAAAAUGUACCGCCCCAACGAAUCCAAACUCUCCACCAUCAUCCUCUCCAAAGCCAGCAAAAUGGCCGAGAACCUCCCCCCAAGCAUGGAAGAGAAGUUUAUCAAAAAGGCGUUGGAGGCGCCAGUCAUGGGGGUAGUCAAAGACCAACCACCACCAACCACCUCCACCUCUUCCCCAGAAGAAACCGCCUCCCCAUCCGCCUCAGAGUCCCAAUCUACCUUCACCACCAGCAGUGGUACAACCCCCUCAACAGCCGUCACAACCCCAGCCACCGAAGAAGCCCCCGAACCAACUUUUGCCCCAGCAAUAACCGCCUCCCCAGCCACCAUCUCCCUCCAACGACUGCGCACAUCCCUCAACUUUAUUCUUUCAUCCUACCUCCCCCCUUUUCUCUCCAAAACCGUGCUAUCAUCCCUUCCAUCUGAAACGUUCACAGAAUUGGAGGAGUAUCUGACAAAACUGUCCAAACUCCGGACCGAAGCGGCUGCUUCGAGAAAUAUUGACAUUAAUGGAGGGAAACGCGCCAGAGACGAGGACGAUGAUGAGAGGCUGGAGAAGAAGCGCAAGAUGGAGCAGGAGGAAAAGGUGAAGAAGGCGAAUACGAGCAGGGGGGUGAAGCAGCUGGCCAAGGUUAAUACCGCGGGGAUGAUGAAGUUGUCUGCGUUUUUUAAGAAGGCUUAG